AUGCGAGAAAUGGAUGAUGUUGAGGAGAUGAUCGAUGAGGAGAUUGCAAGUGGAGACGAAAUCGAGAUGCCUGCUGAUCACCAUCGCCGUCUUUUGAGCAUGCUGGGAUUCUCAUCCAGCCGUUGGAGGUUUCAGAGGUGGCCAGUGCAAUGGCCGCAUCCUGCCGUCUUCCGGGCUGAAGUGAUGCAUUGCAGGUCCGCUGCUUCUGGAUUUCCAGAUCUUUUCUUGGGCACGGCCUACCAACUUUUCAAGGUGAUUCCAAAUGCCACUCUGUCCCAGACAAGACGACUAGGACUGGAGGCGCUCAGCGCACAGUCUUUCCCUGCAUCGUCUGUGCUGCUUUGUGGAGAGAAUCAGGUCGAGUGCCUCCAGGCCUCACUUACCGACAGGGCUUUGCACUUGUCUGGCUCCGGAGUCGAUGCUGAAGUACCGAUCAGAGGGGCGCCCUGGCGACGUGUGGCUGGAGUGCAGGUCCCGUGCAAAAACGUGGAGGCUUUGCUGACUGCGUCACAACCUGGUCGUCUUGAUGGCAGGUGCCUUUUGCUUGCUGGUUGGGAUGGCUCACGUUUGCCGGUGGCCAUUCUUCGGUGGCCGGUGGAGGGGCCUUGGAAAGCAGUGUCUCCUAUUUUCGAUGUGCCGUUGAAGAUCGGCAACCGGAAGAAGGCGACACCAGGAGAAGCUCAAGUCUGCCAAGCCCAGGAGAAACGACAGGUCCUCUCAAUGUCUUUGGAGCCACAGGCCCUUCGGCUCUGGGCGCUUGCAGGGCAAGAACUCUGGGGAUGGGACCUGCUCUCUGGCAGGGUCCUUGGCCACUGGCCUCUUCCUGAUUUCCAACGUGACUUUGAGCCCACAGCCCUUUGCGCAGGUGCAGGUGCCUCCAGGCAUCCUCGCUUGAUGCUGGCUGGCCGAAGUAGCGUUCGUGGCAAACCGGGACCUGAGCUGCUAGUGGCGAAGAUUCCGAACAUCUAA